AUGGUUAACAUUCAAUUCAACAGAUCUGGUGUCAGUGCCUGCGACAUCGAUAGUGAAGCGAAUUCCACAUUUGUUUCUCAGGCUCCUGCUUCAUCUCAUAACCCUGCUAUCCUAGCAUCAUCAAUAGUCGAAAGUAUCGCUGAUACUUCUAGGAUGUCAUGCUCCAGCAGCAAUGUCGGCAUGAUUUCUUCCGGUGGAUUACGCACCCGAAGUAGUGGGAUCACUGGCAACAAUGAGGGGUGCGGCUCAUCAAGUCGCCUGGCGCCCUCUGCCAGACUCGAUGAUGGAUUAGAGGCAAUGGAUGCCGAUGCCGAAGAGGAAGACGAAGAUUCUCAUGUAAAUAUGGGUCAAUCUCUCAUGGAUGAUGUUGAGGCAGAACUGAAUGGGCUUCAUUGUAGUGAUAACAAUGAGAUUGAAGAUGAUAAAAAUCCAGUUAACGAUUCUACCUUUGACGAAGUUACAGAGAGCUCUUCGGCUGUAAAUUCUGUAUGCGGACGGCGUUACCGCUCAUCUAGCCGUCCAAAUGCUCCGGCUUCUAGUCGAUUUUCCGCUACUAGCCGUAUUGGAGCCGGUGGCGCUAGCCAUUUAGUUCAUAGACGGGAUUCUUCUUCUUCACGUCGUCGUCCAGCUGACUCAAGCGCUUCACGAUUAGGAUCUAGUUUCGGGACAAACGACUCACCUGGACAAAGCAUUGGUUGUGGCAGUGAUAGUCUUUCAAAGUCAACGGCCCUUCGUAUUGCUCAGUCAAUUCGAAGUGGUGCCAUUCCUCCUCCACCCACUGAACCUCCUCCUUCUACUCCUCGAUCCAAUUCGGUUGUUUCAGAACUAGCAUCUGGAGUCUGUGAAGCUGGAUUUUUGAGUGGUAAUAGUGUUAGUAGUGCAUUCUCAGCUGUUCAGCGGGGCCAACACAACUCUUUUUUCAAUAUUCCUCUGGCGCCUGGUUCUGCGGCUUCUUAUUUGCCACAGUCUUCUUCAACGUUGGGGAAUGGACGCAAUGGUCUUGGACUUAGUUCGCCUCUUUCUCAGGCCUAUCUUGCUGGCAGUAAGUAUAUGAUAAACCAAGGCAUAGUAAUACAGCAAUUUGUGGGAUACCUUGAUUUACUUUUUCAAUGA